AUGAAAAUCUGGAUACGGGGUACCGUCUUAAGCGAUGCCAUUCGUCUUUUGUUUGGUUCUCGCUGGUUGGGCUAUCCUGAAGACGAUCCAACAUUCGACUUCCGUCAGGCCACAAGUGCCUCAAGCUUGGAUGAGCGUUCCCACAGGGACCUUGAGAGCGGUCAAGAAACGUUUCGGUAUGCGGAGAAGCUGUGCACUGCGACCAAAGCUGAUAAGAGCUUCAUCAUCGACUGGUAUACGCCUGAUGAUCCAGAAAACCCCUUAAAUUGGUCUCUGGGACGUAAAUCAUGGGUUACUGGGUUUUAUUGUGGCCCGGCCUUGGGACCUUUAUUGUCAGCUUAUGCAGUGACCCCCGACUGGCGCUGGCCUCUGUGGGAGAUUGUUCUAAUGAGCGCACCAUUACUCCUCGUUAUUAUCUGCCUACUGCCCGAGACGUCGCAUGAAACCAUUUUGCUUCGUCGAGCCCAACGACUCCGUCGUUUCCACCCAGCAGUUGUGGCCCCAGCUGAAACCAAAACGAUUGACUUCCAGGCCAUAUUGAUCGACGCCUUGAUCAAGCCACCUGAAAUCGCAGUCAAAGCCCCAGCCAUCGCAUAUAUGUGCGUUUACUCGUCGUUAGUGUAUGCUAUCUAUUAUUCAUUCUUCGAGGCUUUUCCCAUUGCCUAUGGCAGUAUCUAUCAAAUGCCUCAAACCACAUUGAGCUUGAUAUACCUCUCCCUCAUUGUUGGGUGCGCACUAGCCGGGGGUGUUUUAUGCAUCGGCAUCGCCAUAUAUUCCGGAUCGUCAUUUGUCGUCUUUCAAGCGAUCAUCGUCCAUGUACCGCUGUCGUACCCACGUUAUGUGGCCUCUCUCUAUGCGGCGAGCGACGUUACUCGAUCCAUAACCGCUGCAGGCUUCGUCAUGUUCGCGCGGUAUAUGUAUCUUGACCUGGGAAUUGGGAAAGGGGUUACCGUGCUGGCGGGUCUAUCGGUCGGCGGUAUCUUUGGGAUGGUUUUUAUCUAUUUGUAUGGCGCGAAGUUGAGAGCGCGUAGCAAGUUUGCCGUUGGGGAUUGA